AUGGCACCCAGAGUCAUCCACUUCAUCCGCCAUGCUCAAGGUUAUCACAAUCUCUCCAUAGAAGCCCACAAGAUCCGAGAUCCUCUCCUCACUCCUUAUGGCGAGCAGCAGUGCAAGAGACUUGCCGAAGAGAUCGGCAACGGAAUCGGUAUCCAUUCGAUCGAUUGCAUUGUGGCCUCCCCCAUUAGACGCACUCUAUAUACGGCACUGCAUACAUUCGGCCCUCUCCUGGCCGCCAAGCCGGAUUUCAAAAUCAUCGCCCUCCCAGAUCUGCAAGAAACAUCAGCUCUUCCUUGCGAUGUCGGCUCCUCACUAGGAGCACUCAAGCAAGAAUUCAAAGAUCGCCCAGUCGACUUCUCACAUGUCCAUGAAGGCUGGAACAAUAAGCAAUCAGGACCGUUUGCUCCUCGUGCUGAUCUUGUUGCUAAACGCUCCCGGAACGCUCGGAAAUUUCUGCAGAGCAGGGCAGAGGACUCGGUGGCUGCCGUUACGCAUGGAGGACUUCUACACUUCCUGACCGAAGACUGGGCAGGCCAUGCAAAGUUUUGUGGGACUGGAUGGGCGAAUUGCGAACUCCGAACGUAUCAGUUUGACAACUCUAGUCCAACAACAAUAGCGAAUGCUACAAUCAUCGAGACUCCGUGGUCUUGUCAGCGUCGUAGCGACAAGCUCCAGCCACUUACCCUCGACGAACAGCUUGAGCUAGCGGCCGUUGCGCAGAGGUCGUGGGCUGAAGAUGGCUACAUUACUUUGCCGGAAAAUAUGUUAUUCGACAAGAGCGACCCAGAAGCAUCACAUGCUACAGCUGUGACUUCUCAUUCCGCUGAGGCCAUUCCUAGGCAUGACACGAAAGAGAUGGAUGUCGCUGUUCAGACCAGAGCACACCUCUAA